CAAACACGAGGACGAGCGACCCAACACAGAUGACUGCGAGGGGCGAGGCCAUGCCAGCGCAGCACGGUCCAGCAAGACCCCCCACACCUGUGAUGUUUGUUUGAAGAACUAUUCAACAAGAAGCAAUUUACUGAGGCACAUGCAAACUCAUUCACGCUCAUUUAACUCAUUUCGCUGUGAGUCAUGUUCAAAAACAUUUUCAAAUAAACAAGUUUUGACUGAACACAUAAACAGUGUUCAUACUGGCGAGAAGCCAUUUAGUUAUGACAUUUGUUUUAAAAGAUUUUCAAGAAAAAACACUUUGAAUGUACACACAAGAGUCCAUUCCGGCGCGAAACCAUUCGGUUGUGACAUUUGUUCGAAGAAAUUUUCAAACAAAUACAAAUUGACUGUACACACAAGAGUUCAUACAAGCGAGAGACCUUUUAGUUGUGACAUAUGUUCAAAGAAAUUUUCACAGAAAAGCAAUUUAACUGUACACACUAGAGUUCAUACAGGAGAGAAACCAUUUAUUUGUGACAUUUGUUCAAAGACAUUUUUAAGAAAAGUAAGUUUGACACACCACAAAAUAACUCAUACGGGCGAGAAACCAUAUAGCUGUGAUUUAUGUUCGAAGAAUUUUGGUAGAAAGAGUCAAUUGAUUGGACACAUAAGAGUGCAUACAGGCGAGAAGCCAUUUAUUUGUGACAUUUGUCCAAAGAAAUUCUCAUUAAAAACUCAAUUGACUGCACACACUAGACUUCAUACAGGCGAGAAACCAUAUAGCUGUGAUUUUUGUCUAAAGAGUUUUCGUUUAAAGACCGAUUUGAUUAUACACACAGCAAAAGUUCAUACAGGUGAGAUACCAUUUAUUUGUGACAUUUGUCCAAGUAAAUUUAUUAGAAAAAAAGAUUUGACUGUACACACAAGAAUUCAUACAGGAGAGAAACCAUUUAGUUGUGACAUUUGUUCAAAGAAAUUUUCACAGAAAAGCGGAUUGACUGAACACACUAGAGUUCAUACAGGCGAGAGACCAUUUAGUUGUGACUUUUGUUCAAAGAAAUUUGUAUUUAAAAAUAAUUUGACUGUACACAUAAGAAAUCAUACAGGCGAUCAACCAUAUAGCUGUGAUAUUUGUUCAAAGAAAUUUUCAAGUAAAGCACAUUUGACCCUACACAAAAGAAUUCAUACGGGCGAGAAACCAUAUAGCUGUGAUGUUUGUCCAAAGAAAUUUUUAAGUAAAGGCCACUUGACUAAACACACAUUAAGAGUCCAUACAGGCGAAAAACCAUUUAGUUGCGACAUUUGUCCAAAGAAAUUCCCUACAAAACAAGAUUUGAUUGUACACACUAGAGUUCAUACAGGAGAGAAACCAUUUUGUUGUGACAUUUGUUCAAAGAAAUUUUCAAGAAAAAACAAAUUGAAUGUACACACAAGAGUGCAUACGGGCGAGAAACGAUAUAGCUGUGAUGUUUGUCCAAAGAAAUUUUCACAGAAAAGCAGUUUGACUGCACACACUAGAGUUCAUGCGGGCGAGAAACAAUUUAGUUGUGACAUUUGUUCGAAGAUAUUUACGUUAAAGAAAAAGCUAGUCCAACACUUAGAUGUCCAUUGGAGCUAGAAAAUUUUGGAAAUCGAACACAUGACCCCUACAAUAAGUCAGGAGCCAAGCUCUAAGCCCC